CCAGCUGGGCCCGCGGCGCGCUUGCGCAAAAUGCGAACCGGAAGGGAAGGUUCUUCCCCCGGGCGUUUUGGCGUCGCAGUGCCAGGCAGAACUUCGGGGAACUGGAAUCUCUCGUAGGGAUGGAGAAAAGAGCGAGCUGCCCCAGGGUAAACAUGGAGUAGACAGAGUUGGAUUGCAUCAAGAUUAGUGGCUUUUCAAGAUGAUGAUUCAUGGUGAUGGCUUGCAGGGUCAUAAACAAAAGAAGGCACAUGGGACUUCAACAGCUUUCAUCGUUUGCAGAAACAGGAAGAACUUUCCUAGGCCCAGUAAAAUCAUCCAAAUUUAUUAUAGAUGAAGAGUGUCAUGAAACUGUGUUAAUCAGUUCAACAGUAAGGCUUCUUGAAAGUUUGGAUUUAACCAGUGCAGUGGGACAACUUCUCAAUGAAGCAGUUCAAGCACAAAAUAACACAUACAGAACUGGAACCAGUACUCUUUUGUUUCUUGUUGGUGCAUGGAGCAGUGCUGCUGAAGAGUGUCUUCAUUUGGGCGUCCCCAUUUCAUUAAUAGUGUCUGUAAUGUCAGAAGGCUUGAAUUCAUGCAUUGAAGAGGUAGUUUCCCUUCAAGUACCUAUCCACAAUGUAUUUGACCAUAUGGUUAACACAAAGACAUUUUCUGGACCUGAAACAUUUAGUGUCAGCGUAUACCCUUUUCUCCAAAUGCCUUCAGGUACUGGUUUGAUACAGAAAGAGCGUGAUCUCAAAGAUGUUGCCUCUCAGUCAUUGGCCAUUUACAGUCUUUCUGGGAGACCUGUUAAAUCGCCUCAACUCUUUAGGUCUCAGGCUAAGGUUGAAGCAGAUGAAAACACAUCACAAACUCCUCAAACUCUGAAAAACAGUCCACUUGCAGACACCCGCUGCAGAAAGUCAGUACUAACCCACAGUAGACAUUUUAGUAGGACAGGUAAUAAUCAAUGGAUAAGCAAACCAGAUGUAUUUCUAGAACAACUUAGUGCAGCUACUCCCAAGACUUAUAGAUGUGAUGAUUUGGUGGAGUUGGAGGUGGGUUUGAGUCACGGAGGUCACAGCAGCAUGAAGUUAGUAGAUGAAGCAGUACGGCUACAAUAUCAGAACGCAGGUAUGCAACAAGGCAGCUGUACAAUGCCAUUUCUUUUUGACAUUUCAAGAAUCUUCACUUGCUGCUUACCGGGUUUGCCUGAAACUUUUUCUUGUGUCUGUCCAGGAUAUAUCACUCUUGUAUCAAUAUCUAGUACUACUCUGAUCAAGGAAUUGCAGAAUCAGCCUAUCCGGGUAGUUCUUGUUGAAGGUGAUCUCACAGAGAAUUAUCGCCACCUGGGAUUUAAUAAGUCUGCAAGUAUUAAAACAGUAUCAGAAAGCUUGAAGCUUCAACAAGAUGGCUCAGAAGAACUGUGGACAGAUCAUGUGUUACAGGUAUUAAUCAAGUUCAAUGUGAACCUUGUCCUGGCACAAGGAAAUGUGUCUGAACGCUUAAUUGAAAAAUGCACAGACAACAAGAGGUUGGUAAUUGGAUCAGUGAAUGGCAAUGUAAUGCAGGCUUUUGCAGAGGCUUCAGGAGCAGUGCAGGUGGCCUACAUUACACAAGUAAAUGAAAACUGUGUGGGCAAUGGUGUCUGUGUGACCAUCUGGAGAAGCAUUCCCUUCGAUGCUGUAGAUCGGAUCAACAGAAUGGCAAUCGUGUUAAAAACAGAAGGAAUUAAUUUGGUGACAGUAGUGCUGACUAGUCCAGUCACUGCCCAGAUGCAAACCAAAGAAGAUACCUUCUGGACUUGUGCCUAUCGUCUGUAUCAUGCUCUAAAAGAGCAAAAGGUCUUCCUUGGAGGUGGUGCAGUUGAAUUUUUGUGUCUUAGCCAUCUUCAGAUUCUUGCAGAGCAGUCUGUGAAUAAAGGAAACCAAGGCUGUUCAGGAUGGCUUCAUAAUACUUCCUCUUGGCUGGCCUCAUCUGUGACACAGUACAGACCGACUGUGCUUAAAUGCCUGGCAAAUGGAUGGCGCAGAUACCUUUCAACUCUCCUGUAUAACACUGCCAGUUACUCAUCAGAAUUUGAAGCCGGCACAUUCAUUCAGCAUCAUCUACAAAAUGCUGCAGACUCUGGCUCUCCUUCAUCUUACGUCUUGAAUGAAUAUAGUAAACUAAAUAGUGGGAUUUUAAAUUCAGACAUUUCAGAUAAACCGGAACAGAUUCCAAGAGUUUAUGACGUUGUUACACCAAAGAUUGAGGCAUGGCGCCGAGCUUUGGAUUUAGUACUGUUAGUUCUUCAGACAGACAGUGAAAUUAUCACUGGACUUGGGCACACGCAGAUAAAUUCGCAGGAAUCAGAGGGCAUUUUAUUUUUGUAGUGUUAUUGGCUAAGUCUUUGGAAAAUAAUCUUUGGUAAUAUGUCGUGCUAAUAAUAAAUUUUCUAAUAGCCAAGUCACAGUUUCUAAAAUACCAGCUUUUACCAAGAGAAAAUAAUUGAUGUGUGUCAAUAACUGUACAGAGUCGGGGAUUUCACCCUACUUAACAACUUUUUUUCUAUUUCUAUAUCUUUAUUCUAUUCUGUAGCUGGACAUGUCUCUUUUUUUUUAACAUUUUAUUGGAGUAUAAUUGCUUUACAUUGUUAUGUUAGUUUCUGCUGUAUAAGAAAGUGAACCAUUUAUACAUAUACAUAUGUCCCCAUAUCCCCUCCCACUUGCGUCUCCCUCCCACCCUCUCUAUCCCACCCCUUUAGGUGGUCACAGAGCACCGAGCUGAUCUCCCUGUGCUAUGCAGCUGCUUCCCACUAGCUAUCUAUUUUACAUUUGGUAGUGUAUAUAUGUCAGUGCUACUCUCUCACUUUGUCCCAGCUUACCCUUCCCCUCCCCGUGUCCUCAAGUCCAUUCUCUACCUUUGUGUCUUUAUUCCUGUCCUGUGCCUAGGUUCAUUAGAACCUUUUUUUUUUUUUUAGAUUCCAUAUAUAUGUGUUAGCAUACGGUAUUUGUUUUUCUCUUUCUGACUUACUUCACUCUGUAUGACAGACUCUAGGUCCACUCACCUCACUACAAAUAACUCAAUUUUGUUUCUUUUAAUGGCUGAGUAAUAUUCCAUUGUAUAUAUGUGCCACAUCUUCUUUAUCCAUUCAUCCGUCAGUGGACACUUAGGUUGCUUCCAUGUCCUGGCUACAGUAAAUAGAGCUGCAAUGAACAUUGUGGUACAUGACUCUUUUGGAAUUAUGGUUUUCUCAGGGUAUAUGCCCAGUAGUGGGAUUGCUGUUCACCCUACCCUACUUAUAAUUUAACAGGUUAGCCUGCUGCUGUUUCAUGGGAUGCUACAGAAUACACAAGAUGCUUGGAUCAGAGGCAAAGGGCUUUUAUUAUUCACAGGAAAAGCAGUAGCCAGAGCUUCAGGUUGGCUUGCAUCAGUUCCCCAGUUCUCUAAGUCCCACGAAAGCAACACAGAGGGCCACUGAUGGCAGCCUGCACACGCAGUGUGUUGUGUUAUGGAAGAGGAACACUUGGGGUAGCCACUGCUUUUAUAGUAAGCAGAAACAAUCCUGUUCUUUGUCCAAGGGCAGUUGUUACCUCAUGCCUCAAGGCUGCUCAGUGUAAACACAAGCCUGAGACAUGGACUGGGUAAAGAUAUGCCUGGCAUCCUGAGAAAGUACGCAGUGUCACUCAGAGCCAUAGUGGAUAGCCUCCUCCAAAAACUCACUCUUCAACCUGAUACGUUCUUGGCCAGACUUGAGUUUUCAUGUGAGUAUGCCACUCUGUCGGCUACUCUGAUUAAUCUGGCAGACAGGUUGCUUAGUCAAUACCAAAUCUAUUCAAUUGUUCUCAUAUACCAACUAAAUUAAGGCUACUAAAACAGACUCUGAGCAGCAGGGUGAAGCCAGGCUGCAGUACUGACCUCACUCAUGUUCCCAAGGGUCUUGAAUUUAGUCAAAUGUAAGUUCCAAGGGAGGGCCAGUAGGUCUUUUUAUUAGCCAGAAUGUAGUCUAAGACCAAUUGUUAUCCAUUAUGAACCACGCAAGGGAGCUUUGACUGUCUUACCUGUCUUUGGUGUCAUUGCCAAAAAUUACAGGAGGCAAUAGAUGGGCCAAAAGGCAACUCCCAUCGCUAGUGGAGAUACCUUUGUGGCCCAUUUUCCCCACAUACAAGCACAUAAUCUCAAUAGGCCCAGGUCACUGUAUAUCAGGAUUUCUUGUUAAACCUGAAUUGAAUCACCAUUAUAUAAAUUUGAUUAAGUCACAUGGGUAGUGCUACCCAGUAGUUUCAGCCUCAGUUGCCAUGCAUGGCAAAAUCCACAGCCACUCAGGCAUUAAGAGAAGCAUAUGAUCAGUCAGAUUGAGACAAGGUUGUCCUGGUUCCUGUGUUUGUAAGUGUUCUUAACUGGGAGCUGCCAUUGAUGGCAUCAUGUCCUGCCUUCUGUACCAAAUAAGAGGCUUAACAAGGAGUUGAGCCUCCUUUGUGGUGGUGGCUUGUGGUGGUGGCUUGUGGUGGUCAAGGAGAUACAGCAUCUGCUUGUUUGACUCCCAGAGGGAUGAGUGCUAUGAAUCUCUCCAAAUGGUAUCAAGGAACUUUACUUGGCAAACAGUGUUCUGAAUUUUGUUCAGGUUUAUCGGUCACUCCUACUGGUAGAGGUAGAUAAUGCCACAGUCAGGGCCAUUGAGACAGGCUUCUAACUUGUCAACCACAGCACAUCUAUAUAUCACCUGUAUAGUGAACAUCUGAGGCAUCAGAGCACAGAGGCACACGCGCUCAAUGGCAGCCUGUCGAUGGGUUAGGAUGGGUUAGGGCAUGGUGGUCGCUGGCAGGAAGCUUGUCUCAUUUCUCUACUUGUAGCAAUACCCCGAAUGGGAGAACCACCUCUGGCACUUUAUGAGCAUUUAAGUUUAAGCACAUAACACCUCGAUGCCAAUUAUGUAUUUUCAUGAUAAUAGUACAUUGAAUUGGGCUGUUGGGACCCGCCCACAGGGUCACUUUUUUCCUUUACUGCAAGAUUUGCUCCAAUCCUAUCAGUUACCUUUAGUCACUUUUUCCCCCUAUGGAAACAUGGACCAAGAAGUUUAACACUUUCACAUUAGGGGCUUUAACAGUUGCCAAGAGUUGGUGUUAAUCUCCCUGACGGGUAGCUCAGGAAGGAGCAGAGAGUGAGGGCGGCAGGCAGGGAGGUUUUGUUUUUGGGGUGUUUUUUUGACUCUACAUUUCAGUGUUGGUGGCAGCUUCUCCCCGUGCUGUUCCUAGUAUCUGGAGAGCACCCAGGCUCCAGGGAUCUUCUCUUUGUCCUCCGCUGGCCACUGCAUCUCCCCAGUGCCCUGCAGUCCUGGGUACCUUGGGCCCCCCUGUGCCCAGUAGCCACUUCCCUCAGGGACUGGGUAGCAUGGUCCCUUGGGCACCUGUAUCUAACAGAGCUAUAAAAGUUUGAGUCACUUUCUUCCCCAGAGUCCCCCCGUUACACUUGGCUUUCUCCGUACAGCGGAUGACUUCAGGGUGGAGGGUGCUGGAGGUGUUAAGUGUAGAGGGAGAGAACGGCUCCAUGCCAGGAAACAACACUCUGUGUUUACUUUUGGUUUUGAUCAGCUGCCCAACUUGUGCUCAACAAACUUGUAUUUUUGGUCUACUCAAAGUUGUAUUUCUUCAGCCACUGGCGGUCCAGUGGUUAAGACUACGUGCUCCCAGCGGAAGGGGUACGGGUUUGACCCCUGGUCGAGGAACUAAGAUCCCACAUAAAAAAGUUGUAUUUCUUCCUUGCUGACAGCAUUUCUUUCAGCUCUGGGGACCCCUUGACUUGGUGGCUGCAGCCGGUUUCUUUCUCAGGUUGUGCCAUGGGGCACGCUGCCUUGUUGCCAUGUUCACAUUCUUCCUUCUCCCACCCAACGUGAGUGGGCAACAACCAAGACACCAUUUGGUUGUAUGACCUCUCUCUCAUACUUAGUCUCCAAACGUUCAUUAACAGGUAGACAGUAGGCAGCCCAUAGUCCCCUCCCCCUUACCCACUACUUGAGUGAAAGCAUUCACUAUGGAACCCAUGGAAUCAUAUCUCUUGACCCCACCCACCGGGGCUCAUCUUUUCCAGAGAACCAUGGCUCUCUCAAGUUAAAACUGGCAAGAACUAUGCAGAGUCUGGGAUUUUGCUCUGUUUACAAGCUAACAAGUUGGCCUAUUAAAAUUUCAUGCGACACUGGCAGAAGACUCGAGACUCCUGGGUCAGAGACAAAGGACUUUAUAAAAGUAACCAGAGCUUCAUGUUAAUUUAUGUUAGUCCCCUGUGCUCUCAGGUCCCUCAGGUGUGACAGGAGCCCGUGAUGAAUGCCUGCACACGUGGUAGUUUGUGUUACAGUAAAGGAACACUGAGCUCAGGCGAUUCACAACUUUUAUAGUAAGCACAAGUAAGCCCAUUCUUAGUCUGCAGAAAGAUAUUACGUCAUCAUUCAAGGUUGCUCACUGCAAACACAGACUUGAGAAAUGGCCUGGAAAAAGAGAACUCAAUGCCCAGCAAGGACAUGCAGGGAUGCUCAGAGCCCAUGGCAGACUGCCUAUCCCGACAAAGUCUCUUUUGCUACUUAGCCGUAAAUUGAACAUUAUAAGGCCUGAAUUUAUGUGUGUAGUUUUUGGAAAUGAAUAUUAGAAGAGCUCUGAGAAAAUAAUAGUAUUAAUUAAGUUACUGAUUACCUGUCAUGUUCCAGGCACCAUUCUAAACUCUUUGUGUAUUGCAUUACUUUGCUAGGGUCGCCUCGACAAAGUACCACAUACUAGGUGGCUUAAACAACAGAAAUUUAUUUUCUCACAAUUCUGGAGGCUAGAAGUCUGAGAUCAAGGUGUGGGCAGGGCUGGUUUCUUCUGCGGCCUCUCCUUGACUUGUAGAUGGCUGUCUUUUCCCCGCGUCUUCAUAACAUCUUCCCUCUGUACCUAUCUUUGUCCAAAUUUCCUCUUCUUGUAAGGACGCCAGUCAUAUUGGAUUAAGGCCCACCCUAGUGACCACAUUUUAACUUAAUUACCUCUUUCAGGACCCUAUCUCCAAAUACAGUCACAUUUUGAGGUACUGGGGUUUGGGACCUCAGGGUACGAAUCGGCGGAGGAACACAAUUCAGCCCAUAACUCGUAUGUAGUCUCAAUCUUUGCAACAUCUAUUUUCUCCAUUUUAUGGUUGAGGAUAUUAGCUUAGUGAGGUUAAGAAACUUGCCCAAGUUCUCACAGAUAAUAGGUAGUAGAGCUGGAAUUUGAACUAAGGUUUUAUCUGGCUCCAAAGUCUAUAUUUCUAAGCAUUAAUUGUGAUAUGAAGCUUUUUUUUUCUAUAAGGUAACAACAAAACAAAAGAGAAUGCCUGGUUUAUUUACAGGGCUAAUUUAAAUGUAUCAGAAAAUAUAAUUUGAUUAUGCUCAUGCUUGGGUAAAAGAAUAUCGUUUUUGGUUUGGUGCUUGUCUUACAAUGUGAUAACGUGCGAACUUUGCACAGAUAAUCAUUCCAAUUAUACAUACCGUCUUUGUUCACAGAAUAAUAACAAUGUUGAGUAUUGAACUGUUUUUAAAAAUAAAGGAUAUUAUUUUACUUGAGUAGAUAGCGACGUAUUAUUCUCCCUCUGUAUACUAUUAACACGUAGUUUUUGUUAAAAUAGUACGAAGAUUAUGAGUGCCACUAAUAUUAACAUAGAUGUUCAGCUCAUUUAGUAUAGA